UCUAUGCCCCAGGAGGAUAGAGCGGGCCCCCGGGUUGCUAUGAUUUUUUUAGCCCUGCGGCCCAAGGCGAGUAGCUGGCUUGUGCUCCAGGCAGUUUCCGCUGCAACGCGAAUCGGGGAAGCAGAAGGAAUCGAGCGAUGGUCUAACAGACGUGAAGAAACUAAGGCCGGAUCUGGAACCUAAGCCUGCGUCUUUGCAAUCAGUCACUCCCUUGAUCACAUAGACCUGCUGAUGCCAGGAUCGGGGUGGAGCCUUUAGGCUCUUUCAGGAGCCCAGUUUCCAACCUCCUUCAGAGAUGUGGUCUGGCUUCCCACACCUAAUGCCUCCCUGCACAGCCCUGUUGGGAUUCUGAGUGCGAGGUUCCACCACCUUCCUCUUGGGGUCUGAAAAUAACGUAGAUACGGCAGAGUUACGUUAAUCCAGUAUCAGGGCAUCUUGAGAGCAACGGAAAGUACAUUCAAUGAACUCCCAUCUGUGCUUCUGUCAAAGCACACUGCCAGAGGCGUGGAAGGAUGGCCGUGAGCCACUCACUGAAGGAGCGGACCAUCUCUGAGAACAGCCUGAUCAUCCUGCUGCAGGGCCUCCAGGGCCAGGUCACCACUGUGGACUUGCGGGAUGAGAGUGUGGCCCGGGGACGCAUUGACAACGUGGAUGCUUUCAUGAACAUCCGCCUGGCUGGGGUCACCUACACGGACCGUUGGGGGCAUCAGGUGGAGCUGGAUGACCUCUUUGUGACAGGUCGUAAUGUCCGUUAUGUCCACAUCCCGGAUGACGUGAACAUCACCGCCACCAUCGAGCAGCAGCUGCAGAUCAUCCACCGGGUGCGCAACUUUGGUGGCAAGGGCCAGGGCCGGCGAGAGUUUCUCUCCAAAAAGUAUAAGUGAGCCUAUUCAUACUCCAGCAAGCCCCAGUCCACACUCAGGUUCCUCCAGAGUUCUACUAAACCAAUGGCCUACUGCCCCUCUCUGCCCAGAAUCUGGGUAACCGGUGUUUUAUGGACACCACCUGUCACAGCUGCCUUUCAUAGCAUCUGCCUCCCAGACUCAGCCUGGGACCCAGAAUCCUAUAUCUCUGUGGCCUUGGCGGAAAUGACAAUCCUCCCCACCCUCUUCCCCUUGAAUCAGCUACAUUUGAAUCUCUGAUGUACUGACUUAGAAAAUCUGCUAAUUCUCAACCCUCUUCUAGUAAUGAUUAUUAAAUGUGCCCAGCCUGAGCCACCUCUCAAGUGUCUCUGUUGCUUUUGCA